AUGUCUAGUGUUAAUUCUCCUCAUAAAACCAUCAAUAACUCUGAAGUACAUUUCCGCACAUAUUUACGUUUUCGUGCAAUAUUCGCUUUUAUUCAUAGUCCUCGCUCAUAUGAUGACCUUCUGGCUGUGGUCGCCUCCAUUAAGAAUCAAGUGGGCGAUAAAGCCCAAGCCAAAGUUGGAAUAAUCUGCGGCUCUGGACUUGGACCGAUCGGAGAUCAGGUGGAAGAGCCAACGGUACUGCCAUACGAGAAGAUUCCGGGAUUUCCAUCCGUUAGCGUGGUCGGACACAAGGGUAAUCUAAUAUUCGGAAAGAUAGCUGGAAAGAGUGUUGUUUGUAUGCAAGGCCGUUUCCAUCCGUACGAACACAACAUGGACCUUGCACUGUGUGCGUUCCCAGUACGAGUAAUGCACCAGUUAGGAGUGGAACGAAUGAUUGUUUCGAACGCAGCCGGUGGUAUCAACCCGAAGUUCAUGUACGGUGAUCUAAUGCUGAUCAAGGAUCACAUAUUCACGCCAGCACUGGCUGGCCUCUCGCCGUUGGUUGGAUUGAACGAUAGCCGCUUCGGUGAGCGCUUCGUAUCUCUUCAUGAUGCCUACGAUAAAUCUUUGAGAAAUAUUGCUAAGGACGUUGCAAAGGAAAACAAUAUGAGUUUGUUCGAAGGAGUUUAUGUGAUGACAGGAGGACCUCAAUAUGAGACACCAGCUGAGGUUACAAUGUAUAAAACGGUGGGAGGAGAUGCUCUCGGUAUGUCCACGUGUCAUGAAGUGACUGUCGCGCGGCAGUGUGGUAUUAAAGUGCUCGGAUUCUCUCUAAUUACAAACAUAGCCAAUCUGGAUGCCGACACCUCGAAACAAGUCUCCCAUGAAGAGGUUUUGACAACGGCCAAAGAUGCCGGGAUUCGAGCUUCGCAGUUCGUCAAGGAGAUCAUCAGCCACUUUCCUUAA